AUGGCGGAAAUGCAGAAUGAGAACCCCACGAUCCUUAAUGCGGCGGAUCUCCCCACGCGGCUGAGGCCUACUGCGACUCCCAAGGGGAGGGAGUACGGCGGGAUUUUCACAUCGCUCCCCCUCCCCGUAGACUUCCUGGAGAGCGCCCCAACGUCAGAUUCCGAGGAUGACAAUCUACUGGAGGAGCCCAUUGACGAACAAGAAGUCUAUGCGCACUCACCCUGGUCAGAUCUCAUCUCGUCAAUCUCGGAUCCGGAGCACCCUAUCUCCCUCGGUGAACUAGCUGUUGUAUCUCUUCCAGACAUUUCAAUCAAGCCAACCCUCCCGGAUGUGCCGGAAUCGCCUCUUCAGACCAUCACGGUGCUCAUCACCCCCACGAUUACGCACUGUAGCUUGGCAACGGUCAUUGGGCUUGGAGUCCGCGUGCGCCUCGAGCAGUCACUACCCUCACGCUUUCGAAUGGAUGUGCGCAUCAAGGAAGGUACACACAGCACAGGCGACGAAGUGAACAAGCAACUGGCGGACAAGGAGCGAGUUGCCGCGGCCCUGGAAAACGGUGCGCUAAUGGGGGUGAUUGCCAAGAUGAUGGAGACCUGCCACUAA